AUGAGUGGACCUUACGUUUUGCCAGUUGCAGACCACUUGUUAGAAGAAGAGGUCGAUUUUGAUCUAAAGUUGCGUGGACAAGACGUGGACCGCAGGGAGACGUUAGAAGAUAAGAGACGUUUUUUGCGACGGUUACUUUUAGAGGAGAAGAAAGCUAAGUCGGUUCUGAUCGGAAAACAUAAUUUUGAUGAUGAAGUUUUGAGAAUCGACAAGACUAUCAAAGUUUUAGAGUCGAAUUUGAGCAAAAAGUUCGACCUCGCGCAUAUUUCUCGAUUGCGUCACUAUUUUAUUCGGGCACAAACCGCGAUAACCAACGAUGAUUCGGAAAGACACACUCAAGCGAAGCUCUGUGAACAGAUCGCGGAAAUUCUGAAGAGUUUCAAUCAGAAAGUGUAUGCAGAGUUGAACGAUGGCGAAAUUGAAACCGAUAGGGAAAGUAGGAAGACUGAUGGUAGUGAGGUGAAGGAUAGAAAUGAAGAUUCAGAUGCGACGGGGAAAGAAAAGGAACAGAAUAAGGAAAAGAAUCAACAGCAAAUCAGAAAGGAGAAGGAUAGGAACAAAAAGGAAGAAAAAACUGUUUCACACGAAGAUGAGAUAGAAAAGCAGAAGGAAUUAGAAGAGGAAUGGAAAGAGUUCCAACUGUGGAAACAGGAUAGACUUUAUGAGGAGGCAAGACGAAAGCAUUUCGAAAGGAAAGAGAAGGUUGAGAUGAGGCCGCCGAAGAGUAAUAAGAGCCAACAUUCUCAGCGACAUUCGAGAGAGGAAGAAAGCCAGGGCGAAUCAGAUGAUGAUAGAGGGCCGCCGAAGAGCCAUAAGAGCCUAAAAUCAUCCAGGGAUCGUAGUUUAGACAUGAAGGAUAGUCGGUUUAGAGGUGACAGACGGCCGCCGGAGAGCACCCUACGAGGAUCUACUGAAGAUCGAAGAAGUUCCGCAGCUCGGGACAAUACCGAAAGUUACUGCUACAAACGCUGGAGUGCUGAAACCGGAGAGCUUCGGAAGCAGAACAUAUUGCUUCAGCAACAGCAGACGGAAGCGGAACGCCGGGCCAUCCAGGAACCGAUGAUUAAACACCGGACGGACAUCGACACGCGGCGGAAGCGUGAGAUGGAACUGGUGCGUCAAAUAUCCAGGUUGGAGGCGCAGCACGCUAGUGAGCUGCAACAAGUUUGUGAGUCGGAAGAAAGUUUGCGAGCCCAGAUCAAGAGCAGCGAGUUAGAGAAAGCAGCCCUCGAAACGAAGAUUAAAUCCCUGGAAACACAACUCGUCGUCGAGAAGGAGCGGACACGCAAGUCGGAAGCAGAUAUGCGAAAUCAACUCGAAAGAAGCGAACGAGAAUGCGAAGCACUUCGAUUACAGCUAGCCGAACUGGAUAAUGAAAUUCACUACCUACGCGCGAUGGAGCGGCAAUUGCAAGGUCAGCUGGAAACGGCUCGUCGAGGCGAACAGGAAGCCCCUUGUCAGUGGAGAGAAGCUGAAAAAGAGUAUUGGGAAUUACACGAUGAGGUAGAGCAGGUCAUUAAUCGUAACGGCGAACGUUCAACGGAUAGCAGUUCUCCCCCGUUACCUCCGCCCCGGCGUCGUGGUUGGAAUCAAACACGCUGGGCACAGGAAGAUCCGACCAUUGUGAGAAAACCCCUUCCUUUCGUCCACCCCCUCCGUUGA